AUGUCAGAUUUAACUGAAAAAACGGCUUGGAAAACUUUAAAAACUCUUUAUGAUACAAUCGGAACUCAUCUUCAUCUUCGACAAUUAUUUUUUGAUGAUUUCAAACGUUUUGAACAUUAUUCAUUAGAAAUCGAAACACCUGAUGGUCCAUUUUUAUUUGAUUAUUCAAAGAAUUUAAUUAAUGAAGAUAUUCUACGAGAACUAUUUGCUUUAUGCCGAGAAUGCCAAAUUGAAGAACAACGAACGAAAAUGUUUCAAGGAGAAUUAAUUAAUUUUACAGAAAAACGAGCUGUUUUACAUACAGUUUUACGCUCACCUAAAGAUGGAAAGGAAGUUCUUGUUGAUGGAAAAAACGUUUUACCAGAUGUUCAUCGAGUUUUAGAACAAAUGAAACAUUUUUCCGAAGCGAUCCGAAAUGGUCAAUGGAAAGGUUAUACAGGAAAAUCUAUAACUGAUAUUGUGAAUAUUGGGAUUGGUGGAUCCGAUCUCGGACCAUUAAUGGUGACCGAAGCAUUGAAACCAUAUUCCAAAAAUGGUCCACACGCACAUUUUGUUUCUAAUAUUGAUGGUACACAUAUAAGUGAAACAUUAUCAAAAUUAUCACCCGAAACAACAUUAUUCAUAAUUGCAUCAAAAACUUUUACAACUCAAGAAACAAUAACAAAUGCUGAGUCGGCUAAAGAAUGGUUUCUUAAUCAAGCAAAAGAUCAAAAAUAUGUAGCACAACAUUUUGUUGCUCUAUCAACAAAUACAAAAAAAGUCACUGAAUUCGGUAUAGCAAAAGAAAAUAUGUUUGAAUUUUGGGAUUGGGUUGGUGGCCGUUAUUCAUUAUGGUCAGCUAUUGGUCUGUCAAUUGUAUGUUCGAUUGGUUUUGAUAAUUUUCAACAAUUACUAGCUGGUGCACAUGCUAUGGAUAAACAUUUUCAAGAAAUGCCAUUAGAAACAAAUUUACCAGUUAUUAUGGCUGUACUUGGCAUAUGGUAUAAUAAUUUUUUUACCGCUGAAACUCAUGCUAUUUUACCUUAUGAUCAAUAUAUGCAUCGAUUUUCAGCGUAUUUUCAGCAAGGUGAUAUGGAAAGUAACGGAAAAUAUCGAACUAAAGAAGGAAAGCAAGUCGAUUAUACAACUGGACCCAUUAUCUGGGGAGAACCUGGCACAAAUGGCCAGCAUGCAUUUUAUCAAUUGAUUCAUCAAGGUGCAAAGAUGAUUCCCUGUGAUUUUAUAGCGCCAGUCGAAACUCAAAAUCCAAUACGUGAUAGCCUCCAUCAUAAAAUUUUACUAGCUAAUUUUCUUGCUCAAACCGAAGCUUUAAUGCGUGGCUUAACUGAAGAUGAAGUUCGAUUCGAGAAUAAAUCCGCCGAUCAACUUCUUAUAUAUCAUAAAACAUUCCGUGGUAAUCGACCAACAAAUUCAUUUGUUUUACCUCGUAUAACACCAUUUACAUUGGGUAUGUUGAUUGCUGCUUAUGAACAUAAAAUAUUUGUACAAGGACAAAUAUGGGAUAUUAAUUCAUACGAUCAAUUUGGUGUUGAACUUGGUAAACAAUUAGCAAAAGCUAUUUUACCAGAAUUAGAUGCAACUAAACCUGUUACAACUCAUGAUCCAUCAACUAAUGGUUUACUUAAUUUUAUUAAUAGUAAUAGAAAAUGGACACCGAAAGCAAACAAAUAA